AUGUUCUUCAAGGCUUCCUUGCUCGCCCUCGUGGCUGCUCAGGUCUUUGGCGCUGUUGCUCAGGACGCUCCUGAAGCCAAUGCCGCUCCCAAGGCCCCCCUCAAGGCUGAUAUCAAGGCUACUUUCCCCGAAGCUGAUAUCCUCGGUGUCAAGCUCGUCAACGGUCGCCCUACCAAGGCUGUCAUCGAGAUCAACAACAAGGAUGCCAAUGCUAUCAAUGUCGCCUUCGUCGCUGGCUCUCUCAACACCAUGAAGGAGCUCCCUGAGGACAGCCCCCGUUACGCUAGCAUCGUGCGCAACUUGACCUCUGUUCAGUACAACAUUGAGGUCCCUGCCGGCGAGAAGAAGGAGCUUCCUUUCUCUUUCGCCCAGGACAUGCAGCCCCAGGAGGUCCGCGUUGAGCUCUCCGCUGUCGUCACUGAUUCUACUGGCAACCUCCACCAGGUCUUGGUUCACAACGGUCCCGCUUCCAUCGUCGAGGCUCCCACCAGCUUCCUUGACCCCCAGAUUAUCUUCCUCUACCUCUUCCUCUCUGCUGCUUUCGCCGGUACCCUCUACUUCGUCUACAAGACCUGGAUCGAGGCUCUCUUCCCCCAGGCUAAGCGCCCCCGUACCAGCAAGAAGGCCAAGAAGACCAUCGAUGUUGCUGAGCCUCUCUCCGGCUCCGAGUCUACCCCCGUCGCCGUUGCCUCUGGAAAGGACUACGACGAGAGCUGGAUCCCUGACCACCACAUCAACCGCCCCGUCGCCCGUCGCGUCAAGUCUGGCGCCAGCGCCAAGACCAAGCGAGUCGAUUAA